UGUGACGACGUUUUCGUUUUCAUGCUUCUUUCCUGCUUUGGGCAAAAGUUUCAAUAUUAAUUUGGAGCAAACGUUUUCGUGUUCUAUGCUUUUUCGUGCUCUAGGUGCAAGUUUCAAUAUUGUUUAGCCCGAAAGUAUUUUAUUAAAAAAAAAUGGAUUGAAAAUGUUCUAAUUAUUUGAGAUUAUUUAACAUCGAGGAAUCAUGUUAAUUAAUAAAGUUUUCGGAAAUGUAUUAGUUUCACAUACUGUCCGUAAAGUAUUAGCAAAAUGUUAUACAGAAGGUCUAAAAUCCCAUCAAAAAGAUUUGAUGUCUAGAGGUCUACCCCAUAAAAAACCUAUCAUAGGAGUAAAGCAAAUUGUUCUCAUAUCCUCUGGAAAAGGUGGGGUAGGAAAAUCUACAACCGCAGUAAAUCUUUCAACGGCUUUGAAGUUAGUGUAUCCUAACAAAAAUGUCGGUCUUCUGGAUGCCGAUAUCUUUGGUCCCAGUAUUCCACUUAUGAUGAAUCUGCAUGAUACACCAUUUUUAACAGAAAAAAACCUCAUGGUGCCCCUAGUAAACUAUGGAGUAAAAUGCAUGUCAAUGGGUUUUUUGAUUGAAGGAGCAACUCCAGUAUUAUGGAGAGGUCUAAUGGUUAUGCAAGCACUCGAAAAACUUAUAAGACAAGUCGAUUGGGGUGAUAUCGAUUGGCUUAUUGUAGAUACUCCACCCGGGACUGGAGAUACACAUUUAAGUUUGGUACAGAAUUUACCGAUUUCUGGUGUUGUGUUGGUAACUACUCCUCAAACGGCAGCUCUUCAAGUAGCAAAGCGAGGGGCUGGUAUGUAUGAUAAGUUGAAUAUCCCAAUAAUUGGGAUAGUCGAAAAUAUGAGCCACAUAACUUGCCCGACUUGCUCCAGUGACAUCAAAGUUUUCGGAAAUGGUACUAAGCAAUUUUCCAAAGCUAUAAACACGGAGAUAUUAGAAAGUUUUCCCUUAAACAAAGUCGUUUCCGAAGGCGUUGGUAACGGACUUCCUAUAGUUUUAAAUGGAAAUAGUUUAGAAAGUAAUUUGUACAGAAAUUUAGCCAAAAAGGUUGUUAACUUUUUAAAAAAUAAAGCUGCGAUCGAGUAA